GCCUCACGGACACAAAACGACAGUAUUCAUAUAAGCAACAUAGAUGUAACGUAACAUUACCCUUUUUUUUAAUAUAUACGUGACUUGUAUGUUCUAGGUUAUUUAUUAACAAUACAGUCCGAACUGUUUAUACAAAUAAAUGUAAAAAAAUAUCCGACUGUCAUUCUCUCAUUCUGCUUUAAAGUAACUAUGAGUUCCUCGUCGACUGCAGUGCUGCUGGAAACGGUCAAUUUUGCUGCAGAAAAACAUCGUAAUCAGCGCCGUAAAGAUCCUGAUGCCACACCUUACAUCAAUCACCCUAUAGGGGUGGCAAGGAUUUUAAGUCAUGAGGGUGGAAUCACAGAUAUUGAGGUUUUACAAGCUGCAUUGCUUCAUGACACAGUAGAGGACACUGACACAACCUUUGAAGAGCUGGAGUCUAUGUUUGGAGCAACAGUGGCAAGAAUUGUCCAGGAGGUUACAGAUGACAAAUCGUUGCCAAAAGAGGAGAGAAAACGCCUGCAAGUGGAGCACGCACCACACCGCAGCCAUCAGGCCAAGCUAGUUAAACUAGCAGACAAAUUGUAUAAUUUGCGAGACCUCAAUCGUUGCACUCCCAAAGGUUGGACACCAGAACGGGUUCAAGAAUACUUUAUAUGGGCAUCUCGGGUGGUAAAAGGGCUCCGUGGCACCAAUGCGGCACUUGAGGAGAAACUGCAGCAGCUCUUUUUGGAGAGAGGAGUGCAGUUAUGAUGAUGUCACAAGCCACUGGCUACAAAGAUGCUGCUUUUUUUUUUUUUUUGUAACUGAUCACCAUGGAAUGUUCUUUACCCUUUGAGGUUCUUUCUACUGUGGAACUCAUGAGGAGAUGUUGAGGAAGAUUUCCUCAACAUUUCCUAUUGUGUUCCACAGAACAACAUCAGGGUGGGUGAAUGAUAACUGAAUCUAAAUUUUUUGAUUCAGCAUUAAUAUUAAGAUUUUUAAAUUAGAUCAUUCUAUUUAAUAAUUUGAAUAAGUAUAUAAUCUGUGCACAUACUGUAUAUGAAAUGCAAUUAAAGUUUUGUUAAAUGU